CUCGGAGCAGCGGCGCUGCCGAAUCCAGCUGUGUGCCACGCUCCGGGAGCUGCUCCUGCCUGGACUGUGGGGAUCUGCUGAGGUUCUGAGCCCACACACAGAGCCUUUUGGAGGGGUGGAGAAGCACAGGUGCAGCUGUGUUGAAGAGGGGCUGAAGAUGGCUUAUUGCUGGUGGGCGCAAGCUGCGCUCCCAGCCUGGGGCCGCGUGCAUCCCGUGGAGCAAGUGUAGCCAGCGUUGGGAAUGGGGUGCCAGUGGCAGCCUGCUCUGGCCAGCCUCUGGACAUGAGGAUGUGGGUGCUGUUCGAGGGCCUCCCCUGAUGUGCCCAGCAGCACAGGCACUCCUGGAUGCACAGGAUCACAACCAGGGGGACACAGAAAUCCUGGACACCCUGUUCUGAGCUCGCUGCGGACUGACCUGAGCACUCUACCUUUGUGACUGACCAGGGGCUCACCUGAAGAGCCUUAAACUUACACCAGAGUUGCUGAUCAGACUGGCACUAUGUGGGCGAGCUGCUGUAACUGGUUCUGUGUGGAUGGCUCCCCCGAGGAGAUGCAGCCGCCGGCGGCAGCGCCAGCCCAGGCCUACUCCAACCCCGGCUUCAGCUCCUUCCCCUCUCCCACUGCCUCCGAGCAGAGCUGCAAAGCCUGUGGCAGGCACUUCGACAGCUCCUCCAGCAAGCACAUCUGCUUGGACUGUAAGAAGAACUUUUGCACGUCCUGCUCAAACCAGCCCGAGGGGGGGCCCCUGCUCUGCCACCUCUGCCAGCGCUUCCGGGCCACGGCUUUUCAGCGCGAGGAGCUGAUCAAGAUGAAGGUGAAGGAUCUCAGAGAUUACCUGGCACUGCAUGAGAUUUCCACGGAGUUCUGUCGGGAAAAGGAGGACCUGGUAUUCCUGAUCCUUGGCCAGCAGCCUGCAAUUACCCGGGAAGAUCAGAUAAGAACAAACACAUUUAACACCAGUGCCCGUGGACAGCAAGACUUUGUGAGUCACCCCCCAGCCAACCUGGCCUCUCCUACCUCAGAUGAGUCCUCAGUGUCUGCAGAUCCCAUCUCAAGUUCAGAAGCUCAGGAACACCAACAGGCCAAUGGUCAUGUGCCUCCAAGCCCAGCCUAUGGAACAGCAGCUGAGAAUGCAGCAGAAGAAGCAGCAGCAGAGGAUGAGACACAGUCUAGUGACUCUGAGGAUAACCUGGUGCUGGGCAGGAAGGCCUCCCUGUCUGACCUGACCAGCAUCGGGGACAUCAACGCGCUCUCCGUGCGCCAGCUCAAGGAGAUCCUCGCCCGCAACUUCGUCAACUACAAAGGCUGCUGUGAGAAGUGGGAGCUGCUGGAGAGGGUCACUCGCCUCUACAGGGAGAAGGACCUUCAACAUCUAGUUUUGGACACUGACGAUCAAACUGGUGGUGCAGGGCCCCCCAGCACCGAGGACAACCUGUGCAGGAUCUGCAUGGACGCUCCCACCGACUGUGUGCUGCUGGAGUGCGGGCACAUGGUGACGUGCACCAAGUGCGGGAAGCGCAUGAGCGAGUGCCCCAUCUGCCGCCAGUACGUCAUCAGGGCCGUGCACGUCUUCAGGACCUAGGGGGGCUCUGGCCUCAGG